UCUAAAAGUUUGAUGAGAUACGGAGAGCACAAUUCUUGGUUUAGAAGGAGAUAGACAAGAGAGAGGGAGAGUCAUGGAAGCUCUCAAAACCGCUAGCUUCAGCCCUAUGUCUGUUCUGUCCGAGAAAAGAUCAGAACCACGUAGACCCUUCUCGCUCCCUACCCUCUUUCCACCGAAACCAACCUCCCAAGAAAGCUUACUCAAGAGAUUCAACGGCGGGUUAGCUCUUUUAACCUCUGUUCUAAGCAGUGCAACAGCUCCUGCAAAGUCCCUGACCUACGAGGAAGCUCUCCAACAAUCAGUCACCUCUCCUUCAUCUUUUGACUCAGACGGUUUGAUCGAUGGUAUAUCAAGUUUCGUCACUGACAAUCCUCUUGUGAUUGCCGGUGGAGUUGCUGCAUUUGCUGUACCCUUUGUUCUCUCUCAGGUUCUGAACAAGAAGCCAAAGUCCUUUGGAGUUGAGUCUGCUAAGAAUGCUUACACCAAGUUGGGCACUGAUGAAAAUGCUCAGUUGCUUGACAUAAGAGCCGCUUCUGAUUCUAGACAAGUGGGCAGUGCUAAUGUUAAAGGGUUAGGUAAAAAGACAGUUUCGGUUGUUUAUAAUGGAGAAGACAAGGAUGGUUUCUUGAAGAAGCUUUCCUUGAAGUUUAAAGAUCCUGAGAACACCACAUUGUUCAUUCUUGACAAGUUUGAUGGAAACUCCGAGCUUGUUGCUGAAUUGGUGUCCCUAAAUGGAUUCAAAUCGGCUUACGCUAUUAAAGAUGGUGCAGAAGGACCUAGAGGAUGGGUGAAUAGCGGUUUGCCUUGGAUAGAGCCAAAGAAGAGUCUCAGUCUUGAUCUGAGCAGCUUGACUGAUAGUAUCAGUGGUGUAUUUGGUGAGAGUGCUGAUGGUGUAUCUGUUGCUAUUGGAGUAGUUGCUGCUGCUGGAUUAAGUGUUGUAGCAUUUACAGAGAUUGAGACCAUACUCCAACUACUAGGUUCAGCUGCACUUGUUCAGCUUGCAGGCAAGAAACUUCUAUUUGCUGAGGUAAGUUUUUACACAUCUCUACCUCUAUAUAUCUCGGAAUAUGCUGUUGAUGGUUUUUUCUAUAUAUUACAGGACCGAAAGCAAACUCUAAAACAAGUGGAUGAGUUCUUGAACACAAAGAUUGCACCUAAAGAACUUGUUGAUGAACUAAAGGACAUAGGAAAGGCUCUUCUUCCUCCAUCAACAACCAGCAAAGCUCUUCCAGCACCAGCAGCAGCAGCAGCAGCAGUGACAGCAGAAGCAGCUACAACCACCACCAUUGAGAAACCAGAACCUGAGCCAGAGGUAAAGCCAGCAACCAAAGCCGCAACUGAACAAGUAAACUCAGAGCCAGUGAUCGAACCCGCCACUGCACAAGCAAUCUCAGAGCCAGCGGCUGAAACAGCCACUGCACAAGUAAUCACAGAACCAACCAAAACAGAAGAGAAACCAAAGUCUUAUUCAAGACCUCUCUCACCAUAUGCAUCGUACCCUGACUUGAAGCCUCCAACAUCUCCUACACCAUCGCAGCCCUGAAAGCCUUUCCUCCUGCAAACAGAUGAGUAAUGUCGAUGGAAUCAUUGUAAACUUCUUUUUUAUCUUUGAGAACGUAGAUUCUACCCUUCUUUCGAAUCUUGAGAUAAAGUGUACUGUACUAUGUUAUUCUCCUUUAUACCCGCCAUUGAUGUUGUGCUCUUAAGAGUUGAGAGUUGCAAACUUGCAAUGUUCAAAUAAUCAUUGACCAAUACAAAGUCAAA